GUGUUCGGGUAGGACGAGUUGCGCUGCGGCUCCAGGUCCCUCCUACGUCACUUCCUGUGACUCUCUGAUAAAGACGGCCCGGCGGAGCUCCGCGGGUCAAUUUUUUGGGUUUGUUUGGUGAAUCCUGCGGGAAUCGGAGCCAUCAGAACCGCAGACAUGACGGUGGGAAAGAGCAGUAAGAUGCUGCAGCACAUCGACUUCAGGAUGAGGUGCAUCCUGCAGGACGGACGCAUCUUCAUCGGCACCUUCAAGGCCUUCGACAAACACAUGAACCUGAUCCUGUGCGACUGCGACGAGUUCAGGAAGAUCAAGCCGAAGAACUCAAAGCAGCCGGAGCGAGAGGAGAAGAGGGUUCUGGGUCUGGUUCUGCUGAGGGGGGAGAACCUGGUCUCUAUGACGGUGGAGGGCCCGCCCCCUAAAGAUACGGGUAUCGCUCGGGUCCCGUUGGCGGGCGUGGCGGGAGGUCCGGGCGUGGGCCGCGCGGCGGGUCGUGGCGUCCCUGCGGGAGCUCCGAUGCCUCAGGCUCCGGCCGGACUCGCGGGCCCCGUCAGAGGAGUGGGCGGGCCUUCGCAGCAGGUAAUGACGCCGCAGGGCCGAGGGACGGUGGCUGCCGCCGCAGCAGGAGCCAGUAUCGCCGGGGCGCCCACGCAGUAUCCACCCGGGAGAGGAGCCCCGCCCCCGAUGGGCCGAGGAGCGCCGCCUCCAGGUAUGAUGGGCCCGCCCCCUGGCAUGCGGCCCCCGAUGGGUCCUCCGAUGGGGAUGCCGCCGGGUCGGGGCGCUCCGAUGGGGAUGCCCCCCCCAGGCAUGAGGCCGCCGCCCCCUGGCAUGAGAGGACCGCCCCCUCCCGGCAUGAGACCGCCCCCCCGGCCCUGAGGAAGCCCCGCCCCUCACUCACCUGUAUAGAGUUGUUGUUUUUUUUUUUUUUUUUUAAAUCUUCAGAUUUGUGGGUUUUUUAAAUAAAGUUUCUUCAGGACGAUUUGAUUUGUUUCCAUGGUAACGUUAAUAAAGCCUGAAGUUGCAGCCAA